AUGAAUCGUUCGACUACCUCUCUUUUCGCCGCUCGGUCCUUGAUACUGGGCUUGGCAAAAUGUCUAUUUCUCACCUUUUCCUACCUCCCUCUUACCUCGGCUGCGCCAUUGCUCUCGACCUCCCUUACCUCUCACGAUGUCGAACCUCCGAAAGAACCGGAUGAUCCAAGCUUAUGGCUAUACCUGGGAAUCUCAGCGGCUCUUGUCCUAAGUGGCGGAGCCUUUGCGGGACUUACAAUUGCAUUAAUGGGACAAGACGAAGUGUAUCUGCAAGUGAUCCAAACAUCUGGAGAGGCAUCUGAAAAGAAAAACGCCGCCAGUGUUCUGAGCCUGCUACAGCGUGGAAAACAUUGGGUUCUUGUGACCCUCCUGCUCAGUAACGUUAUCACCAAUGAAACACUACCUAUUGUCCUGGAUCGGACCCUCGGCGGCGGUUGGCCGGCGGUCCUUGGAAGCACUGCUUUGAUUGUUAUCUUCGGCGAGAUCGUCCCUCAAUCGAUCUGUGUCCGUUAUGGUCUGCCUAUCGGAGCUUGGAUGGCACCUUGUGUCCUCGUUCUGAUGUAUAUCAUGUCUCCCGUUGCUUGGCCAGUCGCUAAAUUGCUGGACAAACUUCUCGGCGAGGAUCAUGGUACCAUUUACAAAAAGGCUGGACUGAAAACCCUCGUCACCCUUCACAGAACCCUAGGUGAAGCUGGAGAACAACUCACCUCUGACGAAGUGACAAUCAUCAGUGCUGUUUUAGAUUUAAAAGAAAAAUCUGUUGGAAGCAUCAUGACCCCGAUGGAGGAUGUCUUUACCAUGUCCGCUGAUACUGUGCUCGAUGAACGCACCAUGGAUCUCAUUCUCUCUCAAGGAUAUUCUCGAAUCCCCAUUCAUGCACCUGACAACCCUUUGAACUUUGUCGGCAUGCUCCUAGUCAAGAUGCUUAUCACCUAUGACCCUGAAGAUUGCAAACGCGUUCGCGAUUUUGCUCUCGCCACUCUACCCGAGACCCGACCUGAAACCUCCUGUCUGGAUAUUGUCAACUUUUUCCAAGAAGGCAAAUCUCAUAUGGUUUUGGUUUCGGAAUACCCCAGUGAAGAUCGGGGUGCUCUCGGAGUAGUUACUCUUGAAGAUGUCAUCGAAGAACUCAUUGGCGAAGAAAUAAUCGAUGAGUCUGACGUCUUUAUUGACGUGCAUAAGGCCAUUCGGCGCAUGGCCCCUGCACCCAAGUCUCGCGUACCCAAAGGAAAGAUCGUUGAAGAGCCACCAAUGGCGCCUUCAAUCACGGAGGGUGAGCUGCUCGACGGAGAUGAUAAUAUAUCCACUUCUGCUCCAUACCCGUCAGACCUCCUUCGUCGUCGCAGCUCCGUUGAAGCUCCACCUCCUCGUUUCCAACUACGCAGACAUGCUGACAGUGAUGCAAACGCACCAGAUGUGUGGAUUACCCAAAGAGGUGCCACUGAUGAAAUCCGGGAACACCUAAAACACCUUGGUCCUUCAAACCUCGCGAGUCGACCUCGACAAACUCGUUACCAUGCUGUCAAAAUCAAACGCAGCGGUAACUCACCUUCCCGUUCAACGCAGACUGACCUGGAGUCUGCACAAAGCACCUCUGACUCUCAACGCCAACCCUCUUCCAUUGGCUUUCAAGGGGGCAUUGGUGCAGGUCUGGUCAAUCCCGGAUCAGAUGCGAAGGAUGGUGCCCAUGCUCUAAAAAUCGGCUAUGGUUCCAUCACUUGCAAUGACACCGUCAGCAAAAGUACGAGCUCUCAGCAAUACAAAGAGCUCCCCCAAGUUUCUAUCCCAGAGGCGGUCAAUGAAGAACAUGAAGACCAACAGCCUCACCCCGCUUCAUCUCGCAAAGCCAGCAGUCGAACUGACAGCCUGGAGUCCACGGAAUCCCGUUCAGAUCUUAUUUAUCACCACCGUGGACCUACUCGAAGCGGAAGCAUCACUGAGCAAAUUGUGGAUGUCAAUGGCAUUCGCAAAGUUGUGCUUCAUACCAAUGGCACAAGCUCAUCUGAGGACGAGGGCAAAUCAUCUCCUUCUCACACUCGUGGUUCUUCUCCACGUAUCAAAAACGGCAUGGUCGAUCCACAGAAUUAUUUCAUCGAUCCUGCGAGCUCCAAUUCGAAUACGAAGAAAAGACGUCGUCGCAAGAAGCGCGGGCAAAACUCCAAGCCUGCAGAUGGCGUCGUUGGGGAGGACCAGCCUCUCCUUCAGCAUUAA